AUGGAGAAGAAGGAAAAACAUAAAGCUGCUGUGGUGAGCAAAUUUUUCACCAGGACAGAAAUGCCCUUCACCAAGCAGGUGAUUGACCACUCACUCCCCCACAAGUUCAAAGCACCUCAAAUCCUGAAUUAUAGCAGAGUCAAAGACCCGACCGAGCACCUAAAAAACUAUCGGAUGCACCUGGCACUGUACGCCACACCCAACGAAAUUGCAUGCAGAGCUUUCCCCACCACACUCUUAGGAAAUGCCAGGGAAUGGUUUCGUAGCUUGCUGCCCAACCCCAUAGGAACCUUUGAAGAUCUUGCUCGGAUCUUCUUAACCCACUUUCUGGGAUCCAGGGAAAGGAAGAAGCCCUCCAGAUACCUUCUGACACUCCACCAACAGGAAGGGGAGAGCUUGAAGGAGUUUAUGGUCCAGUUCAAUGUUGAGAAACUGAAGAUAGAGGAUCCUAGCAAUGGUGUGAUAUUCUCCACUAUCUAUAAUGGCAUCUCUCCUGAUGAGCCAAUGGCAAGAAAAAUUGCAAGGAGUCAACCGAGCAAGCCCCAGGAGCUAUUAGAUAAGGUAAAGGAAUUCAUCAACGAGGAGGAGACUUUAAAGGCAAUGAAGUCAGCUCAGAAGUUGCCUAAGAAAUUUGAAGAUAAAAAGAAGAAAGACCAUCAGAGGUCAGAUGAUCUGAGACCCUUUAAGAAGAAGUUUAGGGACUACAACUUCACUCCACUCAACGCCAAUAUUUUCAAAGUCUUGAUGGAGGUCAAAAGGAACCCAGAAUGUCGGAAACCCCCAAGAAUGCCAAGGGUUCCACAUAAUCAGAACUCUGGUCGCUACUGA